GAAGCGGAAGCGGGUCGUGGGGCGGGACCGUGCCGAGGGCGGAAGGGGCUUCUUUCCCGAGCGCCGGCGUGCAGAUGGCGAGAUCCGGGAGCCGGGCCGCGGCCUCCGCGCGGACGGCGGGGUCUGGAGGCCCCGGGCGGCCGCAGCAGCUCCCGGGGAAACAGCGCUCGGCGCCGUGGCCCAGGCCGCGCAGCAAAGAAAAGAAGAAAGUGAAUUGCAAGCCCAAGAACCAGGAUGAACAGGAAAUCCCUUUCCGGCUCCGAGAGAUUAUGAGGAGCCGCCAGGAGAUGAAAAACCCCACCAGUUACAAGAAAAGGAAGAAAGAGGCCCAGGUGGCCUUCAGAAAGACGGAGAAGGAAGCAAAGGGAGAGGAUCCAGACAUUGCUGUCCCCAAGUUCAAGCAGAGGAAGUGGGAGUCCGAUGGGGCCUAUGUCCAGCGCAUGGAGCAGGAGGCCCAGCACGUGCUGUUCCUCAGCAAGAAUCAGGCUGACCGGCAGCCCGAGGCGCAGGCGGCUCCCAAGGAGAAGUCGGAGGGGAAGAAGGCGUUCCAGAGGCGGCGACUGGACAAAGUCCGGCAGAGAAGAGAGGAAAAGGCAGCUGAGAGGCUGGAGCAGGAGCUGCUCCAAGACACGGUGAAGUUUGGCGAGGUCGCCCUGCAGCCCCCUGAGCUGACCGCCAAGCCCAGGACGAGCAUAAGCAGGGGCCAGCCCGGCAAGAAACCACUGAUGCUGCGGGUGCUCCUGAGCCCUGGCGGUGUGUCCCAGCCCUCGGCCACCUCUCUGGCCCGGCAGCGGAUCGUGGCGGAGGAGAGGGAGCGGGCCGUGCAGGCCUAUAGGGCACUGAAGAAGCUGCGGCAGUGCCAGGGGACUCGGUCAGCCCGCCACCCUCCCGGGAAAAAGCCACAGACGCGUCUGUGAUGGCGAGGGACCAGGGCUGCCCACUGGGUGGGGGGAGCGGGCAGGUGGCCUGCAGACCAAAGUCUGUUCCCUGGACACACCCUGGGACCCCAGGGCUUCGUGCACCAGCUCCCAGGUGCAGCUCUAGGUCUUGGCUGUCGUUCUUUCCCUCCCUAAAAACUGCUCUUUCGUGAGUGACCACCCGCUGGGCUCCGUCACCUGUCCCGAGUCCCCGUAAGUGGGGCCAGUGCCUGGACAGCCACUGUUGUUCCUGUGAGCCUGGCACCGCCCACAUCUUUGUUCUAAACACAGGUCGAGGCCGAGACACAACCUGGGCCAAUCCCGUAAUCCUGUCCCCAGAUGCCAAUUAACUGUAGAUACCACCAACUUAGGUCAGCUAAACCCAUCACAGGCUCCCCUGGGUUCAAGAGCAGGGCAGCUGGAAGCAGGCGCCAGGCAGCAGAUGGGGACGGGGGGCAGCACCUAGACCACCUAGACCUUCUCAUGGAGCCACUGCUAACCGUCCCGAGGCAGGUGCAGCCCCCCCAAGCUUUGGUCCAGGUACGGAGACUGAUGACGCGACCCACACCGAGGGCACAAGUUUCAGGAAGCAUUUCUCACAGGGGACCCAUUUUUGGAGGAGAUCUACCUUAGCAGUUGUCAGUCACCUCUAGUGGCAAAUAAGGUCUCCAAAGUGAUUUUAACAGUGCAGUACAAUAAAUUUCAGGUUGGUUUUUGUAUUACCUUUUGGGGGUUCUCUCGUAGUUUAAGUUGCCCCACGUUUGACCAGGGGGGGACCUUGUGUCUUUGGACACUCAUCUGAGUCAGGUUUCCAGCUCGGACCCAGCCUGAGAAAAGGAGUCAGUGGCUUCUGUAAGGGAGGGACCCUGGUGCCUUCUGGUGGGGUGUGGUAUUUAGAAAGCAAGAUCUGGGUUAAGAAAUGCUCCUCGAUGCUGGGGUGUGAUCGUUUCCAUACCAUUUCAGCAGACAGGCCGUUGUAUGAAUCAAAAAACACGUAACUUUAAAGUUCUGAGUUUAUAUUUGCUAUUAAAAUGUAAUAUUACAGGA